AUGGCAGAAUAUCAUAUCAUGAAAUUGAACAAGCUACGUACUGAAGGAUUUAGUGAGAGAAAUUUGAUUGGCAUGGGUGCCUAUGGUUCUGUUUACAAGGCACUAAUCAAUGGAUCAGAUGUAGCUGUGAAGGCGUUCAACUUACAAAUAGAAGGUGCAUUUAGAAGUUUUGACAUAGAAUGUGAAGUACUACGCAACCUUCAUCACCCUGACUUCAAAGCUUUAAUUCUUGAAUACAUGUCUAAUGGAAGUCUUGAAAAGUGGUUGUACUAUCAGGAUCUUUACAUGGAUUUUUUACAAAGACUAGACGUAAUGAUUGAUGUGGCAUCAGCAUUAGACUAUCUGCACAAUGGUUUUUCAAUCCCUGUGCUUCACUGUGAUUUGAAACCAAGCAAUGUUUUACUUGACGAAAAUAUGGUAGCACAUGUGAGUGAUUUUGGCAAUGCAAAAUUAUUAGGGAUGGCAGAGAGCAUGUCCCAAACUCAGACACUAGCAACACUGGGAGACAUGGCACCAGAGUAUGGAUCAGAAGGUUUGAUAUCCAAGAAGUGUGAUAUCUACAGUUUUGGAAUCAUGUCGAUGGAAACUUUCACAAGAAGGAAGCCAACUAAUGAAAUGUUCUCAGGAGAUAUGAGCUUGAAGGACUGGAUAAAUGCAUCAUGGCCAGAUACUGUAUCUGAGGUUAUAGAUGCUGAUUUGAUGAGGCUAGAAAAGGAUUUAACAGGGAUGGUUCAGUACACACCAUUGAUAAUGGAAGUAGCUUUCAAGUGCUCAGCAGAGCUACCCGUGGAGAGGAUAGCAAUUGGAGAUGUUCUAACUUCACUUGAGAAAAUCAGAAAUCACCGCAUUGAGAGCCAACAUAAGCAUGAAAGAUAA